AUGUUUGCAUCAUAUUAUUUGGUAGUGAUUGCUUUACCGUUAUAUAUCACGCAAAUAACGGUAUCAAAUGAAGGGAGCUUGACAAUACAAGCAGGAAUACGAAAGGACAAGGAAAUAACGACUGUGGUUAGUGACAGUAAAGCAAAAGAAAAAUGGUUCAAAUGCGAGCUAUGCGGUAAACAAUUCAGACGUUCAGAUACGCUAAAACGCCAUAUGAGGAUACACACCGGUGAAAAAAACUACAUGUGUAAGGUAUGCGAUAAGCAAUUCGGAUAUGCAAGCAAUCUGAAAUGCCAUAUGACGAUUCAUACUAGUAAAAGAAAUUACACAUGUAAGCUAUGCGAUAAGCAAUUUGGACAAGCAAACCGUCUGAAACGUCAUAUGGCAGCGAUACAUACUGCUGAAAAGAAUUACACAUGUAUGCUAUGUGAUAAGCGAUUCGGACAUGCAAGCAGUCUGAAGCGUCAUAUGAGGAUACAUGCCAGUGGAAAAAAUUACGUAUGUAAGGUAUGCAAUAAAACAUUCAAUCAGCAAAAAACAUUCAAGCAGCACAAAUUGACGCAUGAAAACGUGCGAUUCGAAUGUGAACAAUGUGGCAAGAAUUUCACUAAGUAUUAUUUGAAGGAACACAUGAAAAUACAUAAAAGUUCGAGUGAAAAGCUAUAUUCCACAGCAAGCUCUUUAAUGACAUCGAUAGCCGAAGAUAUCAUUGACACGGAAAUAUUAAUAAUGGAAAUUCUUGAAUCCACAGGUAUAUAA